AUGGAAAAUCUCGAGCAGCUGAUUCUCGACGCAGGAGCCGCUUAUUCUGAAGGUCGCUACGCGGAAGCGCUCGAGUGCUACGAGCAGGCUGUCGUCACUAAGCCUGACAAUGCAAUUCUAUUCGCAAACUACGCUGCUAUUCUGCUUCGACUCGAUCGAGUGGAAGAGGCGCUGAAAAAUGCCAACCAUGCGAUCACCCUCGAUCCAAAGUGGGCCAAGGGAUACUACCGACGAGGUGAAGCGCUGCGACGUCUAAACGAUUUGUUGCCAGCUGUCGUGAGUUUGAGCGAAGGGGUUGCUGUCGACCCGACGAACAAGAUCAUAGUAGACGCGCUCAUUGACGUCUCUCAGGAGUUUUUUGAGAAAUUUCCUCUGGAACGAUUAGAAAACGUUGGACUGGACCGUAAUCGAUUCACUUUACUCACUAUGGUGGGACAAGAGCUUGCGACAGCUGGAUAUAAUCAGGAAGCUUCAACAGUGCUCAGACGUGCGCUUUCGCUGCAAACUCCGUCACUGCGCCUCCGAGAAUCGGCGCUUUCCUCACUAGCGUCCGUUCAUUUUGCGCUUGGAGAGUUCGCACAAGCAACACUAUGUUAUGAAGAACAGCUGGAAAUACGUCUACGGCUAGAAGGACCACCUGCUGAAGUGCACGACUGCCUGGCGAUGAGUGCGGAAGCUGCAGGAAAUCAUGCAUUAGCUCUGUCACACAGGAAGGAGAGAAUAAAGGUGGUGCUGUAG